AUCUCAGAGAAAUGUUUUGUCAAUGACAGACGCUAGCAAAUGUUAGUUUGUUUUAUACAAAGUCAUGGCUUUGGUCAAACAAAGUUAUUUUAUCGCGGGUCGUUUCUCCAGCAACCCCCGGUGGUUGAAUCCCAAAUGCAACCAACAUGUGUACGCCGUCAGCGGACUGACCACAGCGGCCAGGUCAUCCCAGACACAGAAGGACCGUAAGAAGGAGCUGUCCGAUGACGGGCCCGGCCUCCAGGACUUUAUAUCCGGGGAGCUGUCUGAGAAGAACAACUGGGAGGAGUACAGGGGUAACCUGAAGAGACAGAAGGGAGAGAGGCUGAGACUUCCCCCGUGGCUGAAGACUGAGAUUCCUAUUGGUAAGAACUACAACAAGCUGAAGAACACCCUGAGAGACCUCAACCUGCACACGGUGUGUGAGGAGGCCAGGUGUCCUAACAUUGGGGAGUGUUGGGGAGGAGGGGAACAUGGUACGGCCACAGCCACCAUCAUGUUGAUGGGGGACACAUGUACCCGUGGCUGUAGGUUCUGUUCUGUGAAGACCGCUCGUCAGCCCUCUCCCCUGGACCCAGAUGAGCCCUAUAACACAGCCAAGGCCAUCGCUGCCUGGGGGCUGGACUAUGUGGUUCUGACCUCUGUGGACAGAGACGAUAUCGCUGACGGAGGGGCGGAGCAUUUUGCCAAGACCGUCUCCAACCUGAAGGAGAGGAAGUCCCAGAUCAUGGUGGAAUGUCUGACCCCUGAUUUCCGAGGCGACCUGGCAGCGGUGGAGAAGAUCGCCCAAUCAGGGCUGGACGUUUACGCCCACAAUGUGGAGACCGUCCGCGAGCUGCAGAGACACGUCCGUGAUCCGCGGGCAAACAUCGACCAAUCCCUGAAUGUCCUGCGUCACGCCAAGGCCGUCAAACCAGACAUUCUCACCAAGACCUCCAUCAUGUUGGGUCUCGGAGAGACGGACCAGCAGAUUUAUAACACACUGACUGAGCUGAGAGAGGCAGGAGUGGAUUGUCUAACACUGGGACAGUACAUGCAGCCCACCAAACGCCACCUCAAGGUGGAGGAGUAUGUAACUCCUGAGAGGUUUGUCCACUGGGAGGAGGUGGGGAAGGAGAUGGGAUUCGUCUACACAGCCAGCGGACCCUUAGUGCGCUCCUCAUACAAAGCAGGUGAGUUCUUCCUGAAGAAUCUGUUAGAGAAGAGGAAGGCAGCGACAGAAUAACCUGAUCACCUGGACUCACCUUUACCUGAAUCCUGACGUCUCCUCCUUUCAGAUUCCUCUCUCCCUCCAUAAAGCUACUCUAGAUACACUGUAUUACAAUAUAAUAUACUACAAUAUCUACAAUAUAAAGUUCUCCAAUCCAGAAUAUGAGCUACUACAGGACUCUGUUCAUGUUGAUGUCUCGUUCUGUACAUUAUAACCAGUGAUGUAGUGGGGGGGUAAUUGCCUGGGAAGACAAAGGGGGGUAAUUACCUGGGGAGACAAAGGGGGGUAAUUACCUGGGGAGACAAAGGGGGGUAAUUACCUGGGAAGAUAAAGGGGGGUAAUUACCUGGGAAGACAAAGAGGGGUCGACCACUCCACCACUGGCUAUAGAUGUAUGAUCCAUAUCAGUCAGCAACACACACAUUCACACAGUCAACCUGAGUUGACCAACGCAUCAGGAGGGCAGAGGGGGACCACUUAAGGUUGGACAAUACGGGGGGGACUGAUUUAAGUGGGACACCCAUGGUGUGUGCAGAAGGAAGGUGUUGGGGGGGGGGGGGGGGGGGGGGGUUUCAGUGGUUGUUGGAAUGGCAGUCCCAGAUGCCAUCCUAUUCACUACUAGUAGUCCGCUAUAUAGGGAAUAGGGGCCAGUAGUCCACUAUAUAGGGAAUAGGGGGCCAGUAGUCCACUAUAUAGGGAAUAGGGGGCCAGUAGUCCACGAUAUAGGGAAUAGGGGGCCAGUAGUCCACUAUAUAGGGAAUAGGGGGCCAGUAGUCCACUAUAUAGGGAAUAGGGGGCCAGUAGUCCACUAUAUAGGGAAUAGGGGGCCAGGAGUCCACUAUAUAGGGAAUAGGGGGCCAGGAGUCCACUAUAUAGGGAAUAGGGGGCCAGGAGUCCACUAUAUAGGGAAUAGGGGGCCAGGAGUCCACUAUAUAGGGAAUAGGGGGCCAGGAGUCCACUAUAUAGGGAAUAGGGGGCCAGGAGUCCACUAUAUAGGGAAUAGGGGGCCAGGAGUCCACUAUAUAGGGAAUAGGGGGCCAGGAGUCCACUAUAUAGGGAAUAGGGGGCCAGGAGUCCACUAUAUAGGGAAUAGGGGGCCAGUAGUCCACUAUAUAGGGAAUAGGGGGCCAGUAGUCCACUAUAUAGGGAAUAGGGGGCCAGUAGUCCACUAUAUAGGGAAUAGGGGGCCAGUAGUCCACUAUAUAGGGAAUCGGGGGCCAUUUUGAGACGAAGCCAGAGAACGGCCCCAGUUUUAACUCCCCAACACAAUAAUUAGAUUAUUGACAUGAUACUCGGAUGAGAGAGAAUGACUUGAGGGGUUUGAAAUGUGUUGCUAUGUGAUCGGUGCGUUGCUAUGUGAUCGGUGCGUUGCUAUGUGAUCGGUGUGUUGCUAUGUGACUUGGACUGUUGUUUUAUAAUGACUCACAUUAAAAGUAUUAAAUCAUGACUUAUCAUUC